AUGGACACGAAACCGACUUCUCUCUGCGUCGUGGUGCACAACAAGCAGCGGUACGCCAUCCCGGUGAACGCCGCCGGCAUCCAAGUCGGUCCCCCAGUGCUCUAUCCAAAUCCAAAUCGCCGCAAGAGAGGCGGCUACGGACCUGGCACCGUUGACGGGCCGUCACGGACUCGGCCACCGCUCUCCGUGGUGUCGGAAAACACAGAUGGCCAUGUCUCCUCCACUUCGGAGGGCACCACCCUGCAUAAGAGCGGCCACUCUCGAAGAGACUGCUCCGUGUGCUUCACAGACGCACCGGCCGAAGACGUGAAUGACGGUGAUCUCGUGCAAUUCUCGACGGCUGCAGCGCUGUGGCUGCAACUACCGCAGCCAUCGAUCCUGCGGAAGAGUAGCGGCCUUCUUCAUGCCUUACCGCCGCUCUUCGACUUUGACUACAAGUCGCCGCACACCCCACGCCAAUCUCCGACAGAGCCGAAGCAAUGUCUACCAGCCUCUGCAGUAAGCUCCCAAAGCGACGAGAAGAGCGCGGAGAGUGCCAAGCAGGAGCACUGUUCCACUUGCAGCCCUCGAAUGUCGUCUGCAGCGGCGGUGCCACACCGUCACUUGUUGUCUUCGCCCGCUGCUCACCGCCCAUCGAGCAAUAACAGCGAUCCUGCCUUGCGCUUCGUGAUGAACGGAGACAUUGGGGAUACAGCGGUGUUGUCGCGAACAGUGCAUCAGCUGCCGAUGCCCAAUGCCAAGCACGUACAGGACUUGCUGAGCGAAGGUUCUGAGACAACCGCCAAAUCAGCGCCGUCGGCCCCGAAGCAGUCACCAGUUUUGAUGUCCAAGAACACAGCAGCCCCUGCGCACCGUCCGCCGCAGUUGCCAUCGUCAGCGUUGGGUGCCCAGCCCAUGCAAACAGUGGCAUCGGAUGGGCCCUAUGGCACCAUGUAUGCCUCUUACCGAGGCAUCAUCCCAGAGUACCAGGCUGGCAAGGCAGAGAGGACGGCUUCAGGGGAGAAUGGCAGUGAUGAGGCGACCCCUACCGCGCAGACGGCUCAAACGUCGAUGAAACAUCCCCCCUGCCUCACAAGUGAGAGCACCGCAGGAAUGCCGCGUUUCCCGCGCGCGCAAGCGGCUGUGGUGGAAGACGAUAAGGCGAACCGAGUCGCCUCGGACCUCACGCACGGUUCGUAUAACAUCUACUCCGUGCCGUCACUGAACAGACUCACACCAACGCGCAGAGAGGGCGACAGCUGCAACAUGAGCCUUCCGCCUAUGUACGAUGCGGUGGCCGGCAAGGAGUCGAUCCACCGAGAGGCGCAGCCCUCUGAAAUGGAAUGUCUCAUGGGCCGUUACUGCUUCUACGGAGGACAGCCAUCGUCGGCUGCAGAUGAUGUGCGAUCUAUCAGCCCGUUGGGCAACUACGAAGAGGACAUGGAGAGCAGCGCCAUUUGGAAACCGCAGCCACCACUCAUAGACGACGAGGCGACUCCAAAGUCGCAGCAGUCAACUGCUGCCCCGAGAGGCACCCCAGAGAAUGUGCCGCCGUCGCCGAGGGACGCCGGGUACGCAGACUACGAGUACGUGAGCCCCUCUACCCCAAUCACUGUAAGCGUGUUUGCUGCGCCGUCACCUCGCUCCGUGGAAGGUUUCUCGCACAUCUCACUCUACGGAGGUCAGCAUGCCGCAGCGCGCGAACUACCACCGCGUGAGGCUCACAAGUCGAUCAGGGAGAGGGAAGGGUAUACAAUGCUUACUUUUCUGCGGGGCUUCGCCUACACCGACCAUCUGAAACCUAAACCUGCCGUCACGGCGGAAGAGUCUACAGUGAGCUCCGACGUUGAAAGUAACAUGCAGGGAAAGCCGAUGGUCAGCGAGUCGCGAAGCUCAACUGAAGCACUGACUUCGUUGACGACCGCAUCAUCGACUGACACAUCUUGCUCAGAAAAUGAGAGCCUCCGCUCGACCUCAGUGAGUGACUUCGAGGAGGAUGACGAGGACGCAGCCGAGAUGGUCAACUCUGCUGAAUCUCAAACCCUCAGCAGUCCCGAGAAGAGUCCCUCGCCACCGCAGUCCUCGAAAGGUGUCAAGAAUGGGCACCGGUGGCGAUGGUCGUCGAUUCGAGAGCGUCUGAUGCGGCCACUAAUUCCGGUGCCGUCGAAUAUCGAAGAGCCGCGACUUCCGAGUUUGCAGAAGUGGUAUCGCGCCAAGAUCAAGGCAAAAGUGAAAGAGGCUCCUCAGAGUGGCAGUGCAAGUGACGCGAGGGCCACGCUUGAUCCCUUGUACCUGUACGACCGGCCCAAGAAGAUCGUAAAGUGA